GUUUUAUUAAGACCCAUUUGUGUUAAAAACGAACUAACAAACGGACGUGUCAGAACUAAAGUGAGGGACCCUUUAAACGCCAUCGAUAUGGUUUGGUUUAAGUUCAAGUUUAAGUCUAUCUUCUUUACUUAUAUAUUUUUAUUCAACGUUUGUACGAAAUCACUACCAACUAAUAAAUCAAAAUCAAUAGAAAAUUUUAAUAUCAAUUCUGAUACAAAAACUGCUGGAGAACUCUUUAAAAAUCAAAGUGAUAAAAAUGCGGAUGUAAAUAAACAUAUGUCUGGCAGUGAUGGGCCUGUGAACGCAACACGUAGUGCUUUAUUUAGAAGUAUUAGACCAGGUCAAACUGUACGUUCAUAUGCAGUAGAAAUAACAGUCAAUGGAAAUUCAUUCAAUGGACGAGCUGUACUGGAUGUUCUAUUAACCGCAGAUACUAGAGAAAAUUCUAUCGUUCUUCAUGCUGAGGGUUUAAUUAUCAAUUCAGUGAAAGCAGGAAUUUUAGGUGGAUCGAAUAUCAAUGGCGUCAGCUUCUUUAAUAAUGGUGGAAAACUUGAAAUCUAUCCAAUUACGGCGGCAAUGGUAUAUUCUAUUAUCAUAGAGUACAGUGGACAACUAUCAAACAUAGGACGUGGCCUCUAUUUGGGAGGAAGCAACCAAAACACCUAUUUGGCAAUGAAUCUAUAUCCAACGUACGCAAGACGUGUGUUUCCAUGCAUGGACGAGCCUACAGAAGCAUCUACAAUCUCCUUCUCAUUUGUAGGUCUAGAUUACACUCAUCUAGUAUCUAACUCUAUGCUAGUAGAAAACAGCCCAAGCCACUUCCGUCCAUUGAUAGGCCCGCCGCACCUUUGGGGCAUGAUUGCGCACAAUUUUAUAAAUAUUAACACGCCGACUGCCAAUGUUAUGUUAUUUUCAAGACCUGGUGUUUCUAACCAAGAUUCACAAGCCUCCAUAGCUAUAAACUCAUUCUUCAAUAAUUUAAAUGAAUGGACUCAAAAACCUUACUUCGAAGUGAUACAGAAUCAAGAUGGCCGAAUGAACAUAAUCGUGCUACCUGAUGUAUCUACUGACUGGAACUCACUCUCUAUCAUCGGUAUUUGGGAGCCCUACGUCUUCAUGGAACAAGUUCAUGCAGUGAAACAAAGGGUAAUAGCACUUACUGAAAUAUCAGAAGCUAUGUCGAGACAAUGGUUCGGAUAUGUGAUCUACCCGGAGAACUGGAGGCACGAAUGGGUCGUCGCAGGAUUCACGUCAUACUCGGCGUAUGAAAUGAUGAGGCUGUUCCAGGGGGACAAUAUUGGCACUGAUAUAAAUUUACUAGACGUUAAUACAUUAUUCGUAACUGAAGUUAUACAAGAAAGUUUGCUACGCGAUGCCUACAUCAACUCCAAUCCAUUGGAACCUGCAGACAAUCUUUUUGAUGAAAAUGCAAUAAGGGAUCAUGUAAAUGGACUCGUUAAGUUAAAGAGUGCUGCGGUUAUGAGAAUGAUCAGACUUGUACUCGGUGACGCAAAUAAAGACUUCAUUCAGAUAGCAGCGAGAGCACUCCUUAAUGUGCGAUCUCUAAAUACUGUAAACUCAAUGACCUUCAUAGACGGAAUAAACAGUGAAUUACUGGGAAGUAACAAUAACGUGAUAAAUAACUUUGGCGAAUUUUUAAAACCAUGGAUAGAAAACAGUGGGUAUCCAGUUUUACAAGUACUAUUCAUAUCUAGGACAAUUUGGCUGGCACAGAUACCUUUCGCCUUCACCCAUAAAGAGUCCAGUGACUAUCGCCUACCCAUAACCUACACGACGAGCGUUGAAAAGAACUUUGAGAACAUUCAUCCCCAAUUUAUGUUAGAUAGAAAUCAAAUAUUAGACAUAUUCCUAAAUGAAGAAGAUUGGAUCCUUUUCAAUAUUCAAGGACAAGGUUAUUAUCGUGUAAACUAUGAAACUUCACUUUGGGAAAGAAUAAUCAAAGCUCUGGAAGACCCUGAGAAAAGAAAAGAUAUCCAUCCCUUAAAUCGUGCGACUCUUGUAGACGAUGCUCUUAAUUUGGCUAGGGCUGAACAUUUAGACUACGAAAUGGCACUUAGAGUAGUUCUAUCUAUGGAACAUGAAACUGAAUAUGCCGUGUGGAAGGCUUUUGUCAGAAAUAUGAAUUUCUUGAAGAAACGAUUAGAAGCAUACGUUUUUGAUAAUCAAGAUUUGGAUUCUGACAUAUAUAUGAGAAUGGUCCGUAGAACAAUAACAGCUUUUGAAAGAGAAAUAACGUUCUACCCUGAUACAUCUAUAACUGAGCCAGCAAUGACCUCAUUGACUCGAGGUCUGGUGAUGGACCACGCUUGUAGAGCUGGAUACAGACCUUGCAUCGCUGCAGCAGUCGACUGGUUCUACGAUCCUAACAAUAAAGAAAAAGUAAAUCCUAACAUCCCACACGACAUCAGACCAGCAGUAUAUUGUACUAUGGUGAGAGAAGGUGGUGAUGAAGUCAUAGAAGCUCUAUAUAACAGGCUGGAUAUCGAACCGACCCAUUACGAGAGAGUCGUCAUUUUGGAGUCUCUAGGAUGCUCAAAUGAUCCCGAUUUUAUUCAUGGACUACUCAUGCAAACUAUAACAGCAGAUAGUCCAUACGGUGUAGAAGAACGAGUGAAGAUUUUCGCUGCAGUGGCAGAAAGCAGUUACACGAAUGCAGAUCUAGCUCGUGAUUUCAUGAGGUUGAGAGUCAAUGAAAUAAGAAACAUGUAUGGCGUUGAGAAACUUGAAGAGUUGAUAUUUGUUCUCGCGGAAAAUAUGGCGGACAGUGAUUUAAGUAAAGAAUUUGGAAUCUGGGUGGAAAGUCCGGACAACAACCUAAGUAACUCACAAAUGACUGCUGAGCGUGCACUCGCGUAUGUGUAUGAAAAUCUGAAGUGGGAAGAGCAGCAUAUAAAUAAUGUUUAUGAAUCUAUUUCUCACGUCGCUCCUACUGAUCCUGUCGAUCCCGUCGAUCCUGUCGAUCCCGUUGAUCCCGUUGAUCCCAUCGAUCCCGUUGAUCCUAUUGACCCUGUUGAUCCUGUCGAUCCAGUAGAUCCUGUUGAUCCGGUAGAUCCAGUUGACCCCGUCGAUCCUGUCGAUCCUGUUGAUCCUAUCGAUCCCGUUGAUCCCGUUGAUCCCGUUGAUCCCGUUGAUCCCGUCGAUCCCGUCGAUCCAGUUGACCCUGUUGAUCCCGUAGAUCCGGUAGAUCCAGUUGACCCCAUCGAUCCUGUCGAUCCAGUUGACCCUGUUGAUCCGGUUGAUCCAGUUGAUCCUGUUGAUCCAGUUGAUCCAGUCGACCCCGUCGAUCCCGUAGAUCCGGUUGAUCCAGUUGACCCCGUCGAUCCUGUCGAUCCAGUUGACCCCGUCGAUCCUGUCGAUCCAGUUGAUCCUGUUGAUCCGGUAGAUCCAGUUGACCCCGUCGAUCCUGUCGAUCCUGUUGAUCCUAUCGAUCCCGUUGAUCCCGUUGAUCCCGUUGAUCCCGUUGAUCCCGUCGAUCCCGUCGAUCCAGUUGACCCUGUUGAUCCCGUAGAUCCGGUAGAUCCAGUUGACCCCAUCGAUCCUGUCGAUCCAGUUGACCCUGUUGAUCCGGUUGAUCCAGUUGAUCCUGUUGAUCCAGUUGAUCCAGUCGACCCCGUCGAUCCCGUAGAUCCGGUUGAUCCAGUUGACCCCGUCGAUCCUGUCGAUCCAGUUGACCCCGUCGAUCCUGUCGAUCCAGUUGAUCCUGUUGAUCCGGUAGAUCCAGUUGACCCCGUCGAUCCUGUCGAUCCUGUUGAUCCUAUCGAUCCCGUUGAUCCCGUUGAUCCCGUUGAUCCCGUUGAUCCCGUCGAUCCCGUCGAUCCAGUUGACCCUGUUGAUCCCGUAGAUCCGGUAGAUCCAGUUGACCCCAUCGAUCCUGUCGAUCCAGUUGACCCUGUUGAUCCUAACGAUCCAGUUGACCCAGUUGACCCUGUUGAUCCGGUUGAUCCAGUUGACCCAGUCGAUCCUGUCGAUCCGGUUGACCCUGUUGAUCCGGUUGAUCCGGUUGAUCCGGUUGAUCCGGUUGAUCCAGUUGACCCGGUCGAUCCUGUCGAUCCAGUUGAUCCUGUUGAUCCCGUAGAUCCAGUUGACCCGGUCGAUCCAGUUGACCCUGUCGAUCCCGUAGAUCCCAUCGAUCCGGUUGAUCCUAUGGAUCCCGUCGAUCCCGACGGUCCAGCUGAUCCCGUUACUGCAAGUCCUUUUGAUCCAAACCACACGUCCACUCUUGUUUCGUCACUAGUAACACUCUAUGUACCUAUCAUUGCUAUAAUGCUACAUCGAUAGAGUCAUUUUUUCACAAGCUUUAUAAUUAGUAUGCACAAAUUUAAUAUGUGCUAUUUCAUAAAUAAUGUAGGUUGAUCCUGUCGAUCCAGUUGACUUACAGUGAAAAAAUAAUCAAAAAAUGAGAAUAUAGCCACUAAAUAUUGUAAAAUAAAAAACUAAAUUUUAAAUACUGAAAACAAAAAAAAUAUUAACUUUAUUUUGUUUAUCCUUUAUGGCUGGUAAAUAAAUUUUAGGGCAGCAUCUAACUGGCGGUGAAAAGUUUUGUAAAAUACAGAUAAAAGGGUGUAAAAACUAAU